AUGAAAUCCCAUGUACCUGUCGCGUUAUCCUUCCUGGGUUUUACCAGUCUAUGUGCCGCAGCCAAUACCGAAAGUGGCUAUUUAGCAACCAUAACCCUCGCACCGACCGCCUCCGGAGCCGCCGCUUUUGACCUUGAGGAAAAACGCGCAGAAUGUUUCCAAUCAUGCUACAAGACUUAUGGAAACUUUAACUCUUGCAGUAGAGGAGGCCUUGAGAUGUGUUGGUGCAAUGCGUCUGUGGACUGGGUUGAAAGAGAGGAGGAUUGUGUUUGGAGUAUUUGCGGUCCAUCUGCUUAUAAUGAAUAUGCUACUGUUCUGAGCAGGGUUUGCGAGACUGUUACGGCUUCUGAUAAUCAGGCAGUUGAGACGGGAUCAACCUCUUCUGAUCAAAAGACCACUUCAGCUACAACUUCGACUACCGGGCAGACAUCAGCUGAAACUACAAGUGCGCCUGAAACACCUGAGCCUUUGGCUUCUGAUAGUGGUACCAGGACAACCAGUGGUGAGGCAGCGGCAGCUACAAGUGCUGAACCUAAUGGAGGUUUGAAAAUGACUUCGUCUGUUGGUGUUGUUUUUGCUAUUAGCGCGCUUCAGCUUGUCAUUCUGGCUUUUUGA